GAGCUGCGCUCGAGCCGCCGCUCUGAGGUACAAGUUGGUUCGACCGUUGAUUUUUUAGCAUUUAGCAGUUCGGUUUUUACUCGUUUUUGGAGGAGAAAUGGAGGAAAUGGCCUGCGAUAUAAAACGGUCGAGGCGGCCACGCUGUGUGUGAGAUAUUCAGACGUUCAGUGGUGGACAGACGGGCAGCUGUUGCAGUGAGUCAGUAUCAUGGAGGCAGGCAGUGAGACUGCUGCAGCGCCACACAGCACAGCUCCAACACCUCUGGGAGACGCAUCCAGUCAUGAUCUGCUCCAAGGUGUGUGCCUGCCCAGCCCCCAUGUGCUGGAGGAGGAGAGGAGGCCACAGACAGCGGAGAGAGCAGGCUGGGAGGACGCCAUCGCUCUUAUGGCGAGGAGUGCAGAUGUGGUCCCCGAGCUGCCUGCUGAAUCAUCUCUCCGCUCAUGCACCAGCACCGCCAGCAUGAAGGUCAAGAACGUGAAAAAGCUGUCUCUCACUAAAGGCCAUUUUCCUCGCCUGGCAGAGUGUGCCCACUUCCACUAUGAGAACGUGGACUUUGGCUCAGUUCAACUCUCUCUGGCCAAGGAUCAGAAUGAUCUGACGCGCAGCAGCCCAGACUCAAAGGAGCUUGUGUAUCUCGUCCAGAUCUGCUGCCAGGGCCGGAAAUGGAUUGUAAGAAGGACGUAUGAAGACUUUCGUGUCCUUGACAAGCACCUCCAUCUCUGUAUUUAUGACAGAAGGUUCUCUCGGCUCACGGAGCUGCCCCGAUUUGACAGCCUGACGGACAAUUCAGAGCCUCUUUCCCAGAUGCUUACUGCCUACCUUUCUCGCCUCUCAGCCAUUGCUGACAACAAGAUAAACUGUGGGCCCGCAUUGACAUGGAUGGAGAUUGAUAAUAAAGGAAACCACCUGCUGGUCCAUGAUGAAUCCUCCAUUAAUGUUCCAGCGGUUGCUGCUGCUCAUGUCAUAAAGCGCUACACAGCCCAGGCUGCUGACGAGCUCUCCUUUGAGGUUGGAGACAUAGUUUCAGUCAUCGAUAUGCCUCCCAAAGAGGACACUGGCUGGUGGAGGGGUAAACAUGGCUUUCAGGUGGGAUUUUUCCCUUGUGAAUGUGUGGAACUAAUCAGUGAAAAAGUCCCUCCACAUGUGACCAGUUCACUGCCCAAACCAGUGUCUAAGAAGCAUGGGAAGCUGAUCACAUUCCUGCGGACUUUCAUGAAGUCACGACCCACCAAGCAGAAGCUGAAGCAGCGAGGGAUCUUGAGGGAGAGAGUGUUUGGCUGCGACCUGGGAGAACACCUCCUCAAUUCAGGCCAUGAUGUUCCUCAAGUCAUCAAGAGCUGCGCUGAGUUCAUUGAAAAGCAUGGGGUUGUUGAUGGAAUUUACCGCUUGUCUGGGAUUGCCUCCAAUAUUCAGAAACUGCGGCAUGAGUUUGACUCCGAGCACAUUCCAGACCUCACUAAGGAUGCAUAUAUCCAGGACAUCCACUCUGUAGGCUCCCUGUGCAAGCUCUAUUUCCGUGAGCUUCCCAACCCCCUUCUCACCUACCAGCUCUAUGACAAAUUCUCAGAUGCCGUAUCAGCAGCCACAGAUGAUGAGAGACUGGUCAAAAUUCAUGAUGUUAUCCAGCAGUUGCCUCCUCCGCACUACAGAACUCUUGAGUUCCUUAUGAGGCACUUGUCCCGCAUGGCGACCUUUAGCUAUGUUACCAACAUGCAUUGCAAAAACUUGGCAAUUGUCUGGGCUCCCAAUCUUCUCAGGUCCAAGCAAAUUGAGUCGGCCUGCUUCAGUGGCACGUCUGCGUUCAUGGAGGUUCGCAUACAGUCAGUCGUGGUAGAAUUCAUCCUGAAUCAUGUUGAUGUGCUCUUCAGCCCCAGACUGAGCACUCUGAUCCGUGAGAGCACAGGCCACAGCACUUUGUCCCGGCCAAAAUCGCUGCUGGUGUGCUCGCCAUCCACUAAGCUGCUCUCUCUGGAGGAGGCGCAGGCUCGGACUCAGGCUCAGCUCGUCUCUCCUGUGUCCCCCGACAGCAAGUACAUUGAAGUAGGCGAGGGUCCAGCCGCCCUACAGGGAAAGUUCCACACCAUCAUAGAGUUCCCUAUGGAGAGAAAGAAGGCCAAGGUGAAGAAAUCUCCUGUGGCAAGCUGGCGUUCAUUUUUCAAUAUGGGAAAAUCGUCCACCACAGCUAAGCGCAAACUGCACCGCCAUCCCAGUGAGCCCAACGAGAUAAAGACCAUGGCCCUCCCAGGUGGUAGAGGAGACACUGGAACAUUGCGAUCAGCAAAAAGUGAAGAAUCUCUCUCUUCACAUAACUUUGAUGGCGGAUCAGGUGUCUAUCGACCACGCAGACCUCGGUCCACUAGUGAUGCCCUGUCCAGCUCCUUCAAUGAAGAGCUAUUGAACAGCAAAAUCCACAGAGACUUCCAGUCUGGCCAAAAAGACAGCAGAAAGGACCCAGCCGUAUCCACCUCUUGUGUGCCUGCUCUCAUAUCACCCCCUCACUCUGCUGACGCUGUUCUUGGCAUGGCCUCUCUAGACUUUGACCCCAUGUCCUUUCAGUGCAGUGCACCUCCAGCUGUACAGUCCACUGUAUCUGAUGGAAGAAAGAGGGACAGCAGAAGGAAGAAUGGAGGUAGCUCCAGUGAGUCAGAACCUUUGAACAAAGUCACCAGUCCUAUAUUUGCAUCUGACGUCAUCCCAAAGGCCAUGGAGGAUGCAAAUCACAGACAGUCAGCUUCAGGGAAAUUUGUACCAGCGAUUAAAGCUAAAGUAGAACUUGAGUCUUCUGAGAGCGUUCCAGAGGGCCUGAUCCAGAACUCAGAGGAAGCUUUGGAGACGAAAGGUCUGUCUUUGCCCCCCACUCAGGGGAUCUCACCUCUGAUCAAGUCCAGUGAGUCAGCAAGAAGUGAAGAGGGUCAACAUAAGCUCUCAUCCUUAUGUCAGGCAACGAGUGAAACCCUAGAUGAAACUCACAGUGAACAAGCUCAGCCAGUGAAGCAAGCAGAAUCAGGUGCAGUGACAUUUGACUGCACUCCAGGUCUGGUGAGGUCUGUGUCUCUCAUAACCCCCCAACCUGCAGUGAAGAGUGCUGCCCGUAUAUUGGCCCUAGCCUUGGCUGAGUCUGCCCAGCAGGCCACCCAACUGAGGAAGCGAGGGAGUUCUGAACCACCUACUCCUCUCUCUCCAGUUCAUCUCCAGGAUCCACUCUCUAUGUUACAGUGGGCCCCACCAUCUUCUCUACAACCUCAGACAUCUUCUGCUAAUAGAGAAGAUCGCUGUGUCAACUGCAAACCCUUUGCAGGUCCUUCAAGCACUAUUUCCACUGGGAGCCGCACAGAGGCAGGGAGCCUGCAGAGCACCUGCGCCUGUCAUGGCAGUGAGAGUGGACUUAGCUACUCUGAUGGAGGUGAUGUAUCUUCUGCAAGUCAUGGGACCAAUGUGCUCCCCAAGAACUUAUCUGUUGUUAAAGGUCUAGACACACAGCAAGCCCCCGAGAGCCAUACGGCCAUGAGAGAGAACGUCCGGCAUGUUGGAGUUGGUACAGAAGGUAGUGGCCUGGGCCAAAGCUCUGACAUGGACUCCUACAAGAGUCUGAAGCCCUCUGUCUCUCAGACAGAGAGCUCUUUGCACUGCGCAACUGAGGAUCAGUCAGCUACAACUACUCUUCUUAGCAAGCAGGUUGCCAACGCGUCCAACUUCCGUGCCAUAUUAGCUGAAGCUUCCAUGCCAGCUUCCGUGCAUGAGGUUCUUCCGCAUGCUCCAGUGUCACCUCAGAAUUACCAGUACAGCCCCAAAGAGGAGAAUAUUCUGAGGUCUUCAGGACACAUGUUCCCCCUGCACUGGUCAAGUCCAGUGGGGCAGAACACUUCAUAUAUUCAGCCUGAUUAUGUGCAGCACCAGGCUAAGAUUCCUUCCAAGGACCACUACAACACCCUGGCACCGAGGUCACUCCACCAGUCCAUUAAAUACAAAGGUCAACAGAGGGAUGAGUACUCCCCAAGUCGUUUCUACAGACAUGGUGGACCAAGAUACCCACCAAUGGAUGGUGCCUCUGUGUACCCCACCAUUCGUAGGGUGCGUUCCAUGCAUGCCCCACCUGAGGACAAAUUUUUCUUCUACCAGCAUCCCACCUGCCAGAACAAUCUUUACCAAAUACCGGUUCCCUCAGAUAUUCACCAUGUGCGGCCUUACUUUGAGGACGGCAAAGUUCAGUAUAGGUACAGCCCCUAUUCAGAGGCUCGAUAUAACAAUGUGGAUCAAUACAGAGUAGACAGUCACGGAUACAGCCACUCCUACACCCUCCGCAGGCUGCCCCCUCAUCCUGGCAGGGUGAUGAGUAGUAUUGAAAACUAUCACAAUCCACGCCUCAACCCGCCCUUCAGCAGAGAAGCUAGUUUCAUAAAACAAGAGGUUGGCACUAGAGGGAAAAACACUGCUCUGUACGAAACUUUGGAUUCUGGUAUGUCUGACCAACAUUUCAGUCAGUCCAAUAGACAAGGAAAUAUUGGGAAAAGGCACCUGCCAGAACCUGCUGUGCACCAGCCCCAUCUUCAGAAAGGAACACGGAGGUGUCAAGAAACAGUGCACAUGAGAAGCAAAUCCGAUUCAGGUAAAGAUCUGCUGAUUUCUACCGAAGGUGCUGACGGGAAAUACAGGGUUACCAUGGUGUCCCAUUACUCCCCUGAGCAUCCACUUUCUGAGCCUGACAUAUCCCUCCCCGUCCGUUUGGAGAGGCAGGGGAGUAGGCCUGGUGCCAAAGCAGCACUAAUGCUAAAGCAGAGCCGCUCCAUGAUGAACUACCCACAGCACGUUCUGGAGGCCCAGCCACUGCCACGGAACCUGACUCUGCAUAAGGAAUACAGCUGCCCAGAUUUUAAACACACCGAUUCUUCUGAGAGUAGCAGUGCACGAUUUCACAACCAGGACAAGCCCAUGUAUAAGACCCUCAGAAGUUAUCCUAAAGAGGACUACCAGUAUGUUUGGGUUAAGGGCCAUGAUCUGCAGAGGUCGGAGAGAUCGCAGAGUGUGAAAAGUCGCCAGCCACCUGGCCGUGCCAAAAUGACUCUGGACCGAGAUCACAGACUGUCGUAUCCCAUCCAGAACAGGGCGAGGACUCGUAGCAUGUUUGUGCCGUCUCGUUCUGAUUACAUCGAUGGCUACGUGUCUGUGCAGGCAAAAGUACCCAAGCCCAGUCGAAUGGGGACUGGCAUUUUUCCUAACUAUGGCUGCAUGCCCCCUCAUAGUAACAGAUUAUACUCCACAGCUGUGGGCCAAGGAGGCUUUCUCCACUCUGAGCUUAGGCCUGAGACAGAGAUAUAUGCUGAAUGAACUAAUAUAUUAUGCUAAUGGAACUUUCAAAUCUUGGAUGAAGUGUAAAAACAGCCUCUGCUGGCCAGUGGUCUUUUAUUGUCCAGAAUUAUUCUAUAAAAGACAAAGACGUAUUAAAUGUGUAUCAGUAUGGUAUGAAAGUUCACUUUGGGGUUCAUAUUAAAUCACUAAAUGACACUAGACCUCACGGAGCAUGGAGCCACUAUGUUAAAAGAUUCAAUAUGACAUCAAAGGUUCGGUUUGAGCACUUUCACAAGAUUUUCAUUAAGACAAAAAUCAGUUUUGUGUUCAGUGAAAACCUUUAACUCCUACUGAUCUCAUAGUUUAAACCAGGAAUGAAGCCCUCACAUCUUACGGGUUGACUAGGCUGCAUAUAACACUUUACGUUGUUCCUCAUCUCAGAUGUCCAGUAACAUGAAAGGUGGUUCAUGGUGAAGGGUAAUUUUAAUAUAAAAUUUCUACAUAAUUAAAUUUCUGCAUAAUUAAAAGGCUAACAUAAUAUAAAAUGCUCCGUUGUAGAGACGUUUACCACAAAAUGUUUACAGUGGUGGUGAUGGGAUCCAGUCUGAAGAGUUCAGUGCCACUAAAAGCUACCUGACAAAGUUAGUACUAACUCUGAUAUCUGUGAUAAUGUUUACAGUAGUAUUAAGAUGAGGUUUUGGCCUGAAAGGUAUUUUAAAAUAAAUAAAUAAACAGUAAUGGCAAAAAGGUGUGUGUGCGUGCACAUAUAUAUGCGCAGGGUGUCAUCAGGUAAAACCCCCCAAAAUUUUUUUUUUGUAUUUUUAUUUAAUCUCCCACUAUUUUACCCUUUAUCAACAUAGCAUAAAAACUCAGAAGACAGGUGUGUUGUCAUUUAGGAUAGUAAAUAAAAUGAAUAUAUUUAUGUUGUAAUCGUUGGGACAUUGGUUUCCGUUGCCACCACUGUAGUUAAAAAAAAAAAAAAAGUCUGCAGUGCACCAUUUCUGAAUCUUAGUUGAGUUAUGCAAACAAUUUGAAAAAUCAGUGGAA